CAUGUGCCAUGGGGCGCGGCCAUGUGGUUUCCCAGCAUGCCGAUGUUGCUAGCGCCGUUUUCGCCGUUGGAAGCAUUCGGACUUUGGGGUCAGCUUUGUCAGUCCUGGCGCCAGCGCUUGUGGGCUGAGAACACUCGGAAAGAGGUCCUGUCACAUUUGAACUUCGGAGUGCUACGAUUGGACCAUGACAAAAGCAUCAGCGCUUGUGCAGCGUUGGCCAAGUACAUCCCAGACACCUUGCAUGUGCUGAAUUUGGACUUCUUCCGCUGCCACUUGGGACAAGCAGCUGUUGAACAACUGGCAUCGGCCAUCCCUCCAGGCUUGCUCCACUUGCAGCUCGGGUUGACCCGAUCUCGCGUGGGCGGUGGUGGAUUGCGGCGCCUAGCGGAGAAACUGCCAUCAAGUUUGAAGAGUCUGUGGUUGGAUGUAGGAUCUUGUGCCCUGGCACAAACGAUUCACAAAACGUGAGUUGAGAUCUUAAGAUAAGAUAGGAUGACAACAAAAUGUUGAUGAAAGAUGCUGAAAGAUGGUGAAAACUACGUAGCUACUUCUUAAUACCCCUUUUGCGCCCCUAGCAUGCUGCACCAUCGG